ACACCCGGUUCUUUCCGCCCCAUCAAACCUCGUGCAGGAUAUACAGCCUCGGGAAUUGUCGCCGGAGCACCGACUGUUUUAGGGUUGUUGGAAAUGAGGUUGCGAUUGGUCGAUCUCGUCGCCGAGAACCAUCGAAUCCCACCCCUAUAACAAACAGAAUAUCACCGACUAGUGUUCGGCUCGGGAGUGAUGGUCGUGUUUGCGCACGUCAUAGAUAUCGCUCUCGGGAUGUGAUAAGAUUCGCAAACCUUGCUAUACUGGUUUAACAAUCAUCUGGAGAGAUCUCUUCAAUGCAAUCUUCGCUCUCCGACCCCCCCGAGGGCCUCGUCGGGGGGUACAAGGGUGCCACCGAAGCCGUCGAAAUACUCGUGGUUUGUUUCAGUGCGGUUGCGCUCUACAAUUCCAUCGAGCUGGUUGCUGUCAUCCUUCUGACAUUCAAUCGCUACACCGGUUUGUACUUUUGGACCUUGUUGCUUUCCGACGUGUUCGGAGUCGUCCCCCAUGCCGUCGGCUACGUCUUGGCCUUCUUCGGCAAAGGCCCCAUCUGGGUGGGAGUGACCCUUUCCACCCUCGGGUUUUAUCUCAUGGUGCCCGGUCAGUCCUUCGUUUUGUAUUCUCGGCUCCAUCUCCUGGUCCAGAAUCGAACGCUCCUGCGCGGCGUCCUCUACCUCAUCAUCUUCAACACCAUCGUGCUCCUCGUCCCCACCACCGUGCUCACCUACUCCACCAUCUACCUCCGCACCGAACCCGUCAUCCGGGGAUACAACGUGAUGGAACGGUUGCAAGUGGCUUGUUUCUGUGCGCAAGAGAUGUUCAUAUCCGCCUUGUACAUCAUCGAAACCGCCAAGUUGCUGCGGCUGCGGCCGGCAAGGGACGCCUAUCGCAACCGCAUCAUGUACGAGCUGAUCACGAUCAACGUGGUGAUCAUCCUCAUGGAUGUCGCCCUCCUCGUCAUGCAAUACGUCGGCUUGUACAUCCUACAGACCACCCUCAAGGCCGCCGUAUACAGCGUCAAACUCAAGCUCGAAUGUGCGGUUCUUCGGAAGCUAGUGCUGCUGGUGAACCAGCGGGCAUCCGAAUCCAGCUCGAGUGAUAGGGAAAAUUACCCCAACUUUGUGAAUCCGCUCCGGGUCACGGCCGACGUCACUCGACCCCCGAAGACCUCGAAAUCUCACUCCCAAUCACCGUGGGGGCCCAUGUCCGAGGUUAACCUGGGCUGAAAUCAGCUGGAGUCGGUUACCACCGUAGUUCUGAUGGCACUCCCACGGUCUCCGUGGUAUCCGACGGUUUAAACCAAACCCUGCAUUCGU